GAUCUUGUCCAGAGAGCCGCCUCCUAGAGAUUUUUCUGCUUCCAACUUUAAGGUGGUGUUGAGGUUUUCAAUGACUGAAGAAAUUCACAGGUUAACAUACAACAGGUUAACACAAUUAUUUCCCACACUUGUACAUGCUCUCAACAAGAGGAGGACUACUACUAGUAAGGAUAAUGUCAUCAACAUAAGUAUGUCUCUGAUUUACUACGUAAAUUCCAUCUUCAUACUGUUAAACCAGUUACCACUCCUGUUGUCUUUAGAGUAACAUUAUCUCUACUUGAUGGAGAACUUCUCGCUGAUCCCACAGAUUAUCGUAGUAUGGUUGGUGCAUUGCAAUACUUAACUAUGACUCGUCCUGAUAUUGCUUAUGCUGUUAAUAUGGUGUCUCAGUUUAUGCAUGCUCCUCGUACUACUCACCUUCAUGUUGUGAAAAAAAAAUUCAGAUAUCUGCAGGGCACUCUGGAUUAUGGCCUUUAUUUAUAUAGCAGCAGCUCUCCUACUGUUGUUAUUGCUUAUUCUGAUGCAGAUUGGGCAGGAUAUCCUAACACAAGACGUUCUACUAUUGGUUAUGCUUUUUUUCUUGGGAAGAAUCUGAUUUCCUGGCGUUCGAAAAAGCAACCUACUGUCUCCAAGUCCUCCACUGAAGCUGAAUACAGGGCCAUUGCCUACACAACUGCAGAAACCAUUUGGCUAAAGCAACUUCUUGCUGACAUUGGCCAUUUUCUCCGUCGUCCUGUGAUUGUCUAUUGCGACAAUGUCUCUGCUACUUAUCUCACUGCUAAUCCAGUUCAUCAUGAUCGUAGCAAACAUAUCGAUGUUGACUAUCACUUUGUUCGAGAAAUGGUUGCCAAGGGAGGUCUUAUUGUUCGACAUGUUCCUACUCGGUCUCAGGUUGCAGACAUUUUUACUAAAGGCCUAUCUACUGACUUAUUUACUAAACAUCGUACCAAUCUAUCCGUUGUUUCACCCCGUAAAGAUUGAGGGGGUGUAUUGGAUAAUAUUAUAUGUAAAGGGAUAAUAUUAUAUUGUAAAUGGUAGAAUGAUACUUUACUAGUCAUAGGUUUGUAUUGUAAACACUAUAUAUAUUGAAUGUCAGGUUAACCUACAACAGGUUA